CGUCUCGUCACAAGUGUCCAGGCAUGUGAGGAGGGAGGACUGAGUUUUCACACAAAAUCUACGUGAUUUUGUUGUGUUAAAUUCUUUUUAUUACUGUGCUCUUGAAAAAUCCAAUCUGUGUUUUUGUUUGUUUAUUUAUUAGUUCUCUCUCAGUAGAUAGAUAUGAUAGUGUUGGAAAGAGUGCAAGAGUGCGAAGGUGGAUCUGCCUUGUGUCCGGGUGUUUAAAACCUUGGAAUAAAGUGAUGGAGGUUUAGUGGGUGUUCGUGGUAGCGCCGCGGGCUGUGAUAGCUGUAGUUAGUACCUGUGGAGAGCCAAACCUGCCCCAGCCCGCCCCUCCUACCUACCAACCUACCCAGUUCUUCGCCCUCUCACCUGGGAUGAGUCCUUCGUCCCGGUGAAAAGGCCUGAAGACUCGCUCGACACCUCAACAAAAAGAUAUCGCAGGUUCUCUCACAAAAUUUUUUGAUUGGAAAGAUCGCAAGCUACGCUACACUAUGUCGAACUACAAGUCGGACUGCCGCAAGUUCCAGCCCAACAUCUUCAACAAGAGCAAAUGCACCAACUGUUUCAGGCAGCGCGAGGAACACUCUGCAGAGGCCCUCGAAUCCAACAGAGCGAGUCGCAAGGUGUCGAAAUGCGGGUACCUCUUCGUGGCACCCGACUGGGACUUCUCCAUCCCCCUCAACCGCACCAAGCGAUGGCAGCGGCGUUGGUUUGUCCUCUACGAUGAUGGGGAACUCACCUAUUCCGUUGACGACCAUCCGGCAACCAUCCCUCAAGGUGUGGUAGACAUGAACCGGGUGCUGGAAGUAUCCCAGGCAGAGGAUGUUACUGGCAAUCAGUUCAGUCUUGCAAUCACAGCACCUGACAGAGUAACUUUUAUUAAGGGCACCUGUCGCGAGGAGUCCAGGUGGUGGAUGGAUGUCCUCUCAGUUUUCCCGAGAUCGCAAAAGCAACAAGGUCGGCACAAACGCAAUGCAACGUUCCCGGGGAUCAAGACAACAACAGUCUUAAAACAGAAUAUGGUGUCUCAUUCUCCAUCACCUUCACUUGCCCCCACCACCUUUGAGACGCCAAUAGGACAACGGGUCAGGUUCCUCAGCUGCACCACAGACCCCCUGGGGAGCCGCCCUCCCUCUGCCCCUGCACUAGACAUGGAGGAGGACGUCUUCCCUACCAAGGACUCCUCUGCUUCUGGCUGUAUCACUCCACCCCUCUGUCCUCCCUCCCUCCCCCUACCAGGAUCCUGAGGGAUGAGCACAAAGAGAACACACCUCCAUAUGCUGAAGACUACACAGACAACCCACCCACCUCAGAGUCUCCACCUACACAGGACAAGUUGAGUCACAAGUUUCGCACGCGGCGUGCAAUAAAGCGGGAAGUCCGAGGCCUCACACAGCCUAGGAGUAAGUCAGAAGUCACAGCAAUGUUUCCUGCUAACCUGCCGUCGUCAGUGUCUCCCCUGAGGCAUGGGUCCACAGCCACCACUGGACACACCACAGCCUCCCUCUACUCUUCCACGGGCAGCAUUGCCACUUCUGCUUACUCUACCCCGGAGGGCUCUCACUCCACAUUCUCCCCUGCUCAUUCAGCUGUUGUUGAUGCUAUUUCCUCCCCUGAGCCUCGCACUGUCCGAAGGGCCACUAGAACCCCAUCAUUUCGGAGCCUUGAUUCAGGCGUGCAUGUUCCUACUAGACCCCACGCUCGCACGGCGCCCGACAAGCCAGGUGAAGUUACAAGACAACUUCUACUCUCAGACUUAGAAGAAUCAAAGCGUGAAGAAAAAUUGAAAGACAUUGCUGACUCAAUAACACGAUUGAGAGGGAGUUCCUCAUUGUCAUACCUAAGCAGCAAGUCUGGUCUGGGUGAUGUGAAGCCGACCCGUGAAAGAGAUGCUCAAGAUGAGACAGAUGCUGCUGCUGAGGUCUCCAAGACAUCAUCAGAGGAAACAGCUGAGCCCUCGCAUCCAGACCAUCAAGUACGUGGUGACCCAGAUGGGUGUGGUCUGGAAGUUUCUCCUCCCUACACUGUCAAUCCAGACCUACAGCGAGUUGACCUUCCUGCAGAGGACCUGCUUUAUAUAAAAAAGGGCUGGCUCAUGAAGCAGUCGCUAAACCAUGACUGGAUUAAGUAUUGGUUUGUCCUACGAGGAACGGGCCUCAUGUUCUACCGAGACCCCACAGCAGAGGACAACGGCAUCUUAGAUGGCAUUAUCGACCUCAGUGUUGCAAAGUCCAUUGAAGAGUGUGAUGUUGCCAGAAAUUAUGGCUUCAUGAUAUUGACUUGGGAGGAGAAGAAGUACGUCUUCUCAGCUGUAACAUCAGGCAUCAGAGGGAACUGGGUCCAAGCUUUAAGAAAUGCUGCCAACCUCAAGGAAUCCAAGGAUCGACCGCUGACCCUCGGAGAACAGAUUGAAAGGGAGAUUGUAGCGAAAAGGGACAGGCAUAAUUCACAGAGUUCGACUUUUGAGAGCAUGGCAGCGGAACGCGACCAGGGAAACGAUAUUCACAACGACUCCAUCUCCUCCGCCAACAGUCGCUAUGUGUUUUCAUCAGAUGAUGAGUAUAGGACUGCAUCGGAAACAUCAGGUGGGAUUCGUAUCCAGAACAAGGAGGAUAACUUUAAGUGCGAACGAGCCCGAUCACGCUCCAACUCAAGAACAAGGUCAAGCAAGAGAUCAAGGUCCUCCCCACCAACGUCACGCAGAAACACACGCGAUGACUUCCCAAGCAUUAGCAAAGAUGAAGUUCUAACAUCCUGCUACUCGGAAUCGGGAUCUCUUCACUCCAUCUCAGAUCUUGAUGCACAGCACAGGCCAGAAAAGGACAGCAGUGCCACAACCCUUACUGGCUCAGGUGAUGCUCUCUUGGUGGAUCUUUUGGAAACGCAGGUGGAGAGCCUUAAAGCCAAGCUAGAACAGACUCAGGCCGACUACCUGGAGCUCCACAAAGAGAACUCUGGCCUGAAGACCCGUCUGCGGAACGGUGGUAGAGCUUCCCCGUCCAACACGGCCACUGGGGCUCAGAGCUAGACUUGUUCCACCAGUCCCCCCCCAUUAGAUCAAGAGCCAAGCUCGAGCUAAGUUUGGCUGACUCUCGCAACACCAUAGCCUCCCUCACGGCCGACCUCACACGACUCCGCAAAAAAUUGGAGGUAUGCGAAGGUGACUUGGACAGGUCCGAGCGUGAGGUUGAUAAGCUGAGGCGAGACAAGGAAGAGAUGAGCUCAGAUGCCCAGAGCCUGCGGCAUAGGGUGGCCAGUCUGGAGAACCAGGUCAAGGAGUUGCUUGAUCGGGUCGAGGAGCAAGAGCAUGACCUCUCAGAGAAAGCAUCUUGUGCCAACCAACUAAAUGAGCUACGGAAAAAGUACUCAGAGUUGCAGGAGCAGCUGUCGUGCCAGUCCGGGGUAGUAGACUGGAAACACCGUUAUGAUCUCUUGGAGAAAAAACUCCUGAGGGAGCGUGAGGAGUGGCAACUAAAGUACAAAGAGGUGACUUCUGCUCAAGCCAGUCGCCAUGAUGAGUCUGUCCGCACACUUACCAGGUCACUCCAAGAGGCAGAGAACCGUAUUCAGGGCCUGGUAACAGAACUGGAAUGCGAGAGAGCAAGUGGUGCCAACGCCCCCACGAGGAUACCUGGGGCAAUGGAGAUGGCCGGCCUCAAGAGGGAAAACCAGGAGCUUACAACCCAGAUCGAGCACCUAACAAAUGAGUUGGCUCGGAUGCGAGAAAACCUGAAGUCUGAGAAGUCAGAAGUCUAUAAGUGGAAGGAUCUUGUAAAGGAACUUCGAUCUCUCUUGGAUGGCAAAAAUGAUGAAAUUGAACGAAAGAGAGAUGAGGUGAAAGAGGCUCAUGCAAGGGAGAGCUCCAGCACCCCCUCCCUUGCCCCGGGCAUUCACUCCCAAGGCACCACCACUUCUGAGCCCCCCAUCAUUGUGGUUGAUACCUUGCGUGACUCCCUCAAGGAAACGCAGAAAGAGCUGGACCAUACAGCAGACCGUUUGCACAGAGGGAUUGAGGAGAAUGAAGCUCUCUGUGGCAGAAUCCGUGAGUUAGAGAGAGAUUUGCAAGAUCAGGCUAGGAGAGCAUCUUCGAGUCUCUCCAUAUCUAGCAGUCGUGAGAGAUUUUCUUCAAGGAAGAACCUUCCACGUAUUGAGUCCAUCACUGACCUCACAAACUUUGACCUCACUCAAAAUCCAGAGGACCUUGAUAAGGAGCAGUUAGUAGAUCAGUUCACUGAACUUCAGCUUCGGUUUGAGAAGGCUGUGAAUGAGAUCAAGGCACUGAAAAAGGAGAUUCGUGAUAUUCAGAACCAGCAUGAUGACAUUGAGCUGUCAAAUCUCAAGCUACGCCAGGACCUGAAGGGAAGUGAAGGCGACUUCAAUUCUCAGCUGAAUCUCAUGACAUGCAGGAUACAAGAUCUGACUAACAAGCUGACUGCCUCUGAGAAGCAGGUUCGCCUUUUGAAGCAGAAGAUCAGCCGAGCAGAAAGCCGUGACCGCAGACGGACCCAGAGUUUGAAGGGCCGUGAGUCUUUCACUCUCUCAAAGGAUAUGGAGCUGAAGUUGUCUCAGUUGGAAGCAAAGAUUGAGCAGCUGCUUCAGAAUGAGGAAGGCAGCUGUUCUCCAGAGGUGGAAGGAGAAGUGAAAGAGGGAAAGGGUGAGAUGAAAGAUACCAAAGUACCAAAGAGAUCAAAGAGUUUUGAUGAUUCCACCAAGUCGUCACGUCUGCGUAGAAAAUCUCUAGACAGUCCUGGGAGUUCAGAGGCCAUGAAAGCCAUUGUGCGCCUCAAUGCUCUGGAGUCAAAGGUUUCCAACAUCACGGGAGAGGCCAUCCCAACACCUUCACACACUCCAAAGAAGGAGCCACGACCUAGGUCUCCCACGCAUCCAGUUUCACCACUGAGAUCUCCUAUGCGAUCACCUUCAGUUCCUCGCAAGACGCUGCGGUCACCCAGAGCCACUCCAGAGAAGACUGUUAAAAUAAGUCGAUCUGAUUCAGAGACCAAAUCACUGCGAGAAAAAUUAGCAGCUUUAGAGAAAGUCCUGUCUACUUUGCAGUUGCAACUUGGAGAGUGUGUGGCUUGGGCAGGGUCAGUGGAAUGUAUAUGUUCUUGCGGGGCCCCAGGAAUCUCAUCUGUCCUGCAGAGAUUGAAUACUGCUGUUCGUUUGACUCAGCUCCGCCAUUCCCCACCAGAUCAGGCUCAAACUGAUCGGUUGCGUCCGUUGGUGUUACGUUUACAAGAUAUGCUCAGGGACAAGUUGACGGAUCUUAAUAACCGUCGAGACCAUCUGAAGGCAACAGGAAAGUGGACCCGAGACAUGCAGUUGAAACUGUUUGCAGAGCGACUUGCCUAUGAAACUUUGGUAAUGACACAGGUUUCACAGGUGGUACAGGCAGCCCAGAGGCCCCAUAUGUAUGAAGCAUCAGUCAAGCUGCAGGAGCUGAUUGAGGCCCACCGCAAGUUAUCAUUCCUAGAGAAGAAACUCACCAAUCCUGAUUUUGACAUGGAGACAAUGGCACCGCUUGACUUCUACACAAGUUUGCUGGCAGAAAAGCUUGUUGUCCAGGGAGAGAUUGCAAUGAGUGUUGGACCCCAGCCUGGAGGAGGUAGAGGGACAAACACAACUCCUCCUGCCAUCCUGGGGGAGACAUGCCGUGACCUACAGAGUCGGCUCCUGGAACGUGAGAGGUCAUUGGCCAACUUGGUAACACAGUACAAAGAGGGCAAGCUUCAUGAAGUGGCUGUGGUGAUGGCCAGGGAGACUGUGACUGGAUCAGGACCUCCUCACGAUGAUUCUGUGUUACUGGAAGAGGUGCGGAUGCGAGAGGUUUGGUCGAUGGCACAGGAGUUGGUUAACCAGGAGUUGGUUAACAUUGAGGCAGCACAUUCCCUCAUGAGGCUCAGUCACCUUAUCUCACCUUCAGAGACAUCGCCUGAAGCAGUGACUCAGGUCACAGCUGCUACACUUGAACGCUGCCACACAGCUGCUGAUGAGUCUCUGCGGCAAGAGAUGGAAGAGGCUGUUUUCACUCUUAGUAAUAAGUAUGAGGCAGUGCUGGCACAGUAUAGAGCAGGUGACACUGCAGUUAUCAAUUCAGUAACAGCUACCAUGGAUAUGGUACUGUCAGAGUUUGCUGCAGUUGUGGCACAAAAGGCAGUCAUUGAUGGUCAGUUAGCAGUGGUGCAGAGUGAAGGAGAUACAACAACAUCCACUUGUGAACAUCUCAACAUAGUGGAGGAAAACCGGGACAUGAUAGGUUCUGCUAGUGAUGUUGUAGCCAGUGAGGCUCACCUCCUUAUGUUCCUGGGUGGUUGUGAUUCCUCCCUAGAGAGUCUGGUGCAGCCUGCACUUGAUCAGGCAGAAUUUGCUUUCCUGUUUAACAAAAUGUCAGCUCAGGGGAACUCUGAACUGACCAAGCUUGUCCUCCAAGCAGCCAGUCAGGUCAGGCCAGAAGCCAGCCCAUCUUCCCUCAAGUCACAGCCUACAGACUUUGGGAAGGAAGGCGAUAAUGAGUUAAGUCCUAGUCUUUCUCAGUCGUCAUCACCCACCAAGAUGCCACCUUCCCCCAAGGCCAAGAGAAAGAGUGAGACAUCACGAAGGUCACGUAGAGCCUCAGACAUUACUGGCAUGGCAGACGGAUGCCGCCAGUGUGAAGAACUGCGGCAAGAGGUUGCUAAGCUGAAGAAGAACUUGGAUUCUAAGCGUGUGAAGGAGCGGGAAGCAGAAUGUAAACAGUGCAUUGAGUAUCUCAACACUCUCAAGGCUCUGGAAAAGGACCACAAAAUAGCAAUGUCAGCUCUCCAGUCCCAGCAUGAGGAGGAACUGUCAAGGCUACGGGAACAGUCAAGGCAUGAACCUCCAACACGGGACAGUGAUGAUGAAUUAACUGAACUCAAACGACGUCUGUGCCUGCUGGAGGAAGGGUAUGAGGCCCAGAUUUCUGCUCUUAAGCAGCAAUAUGAGGAGUCCAUUGGAAGUCAGCCAGACAUGUGUGAGGAGAAAGUCAGGCAGAGGUACCAAGUGGAAAUUGAGCAUCUCAGGGGUCUGUGUGAGAAAGGUCUGGGAGCUAUGGAGAACUCUCACAAGCGCAUGUUAGCGGAAUUGGAGGAGAAGCACAGGAGGGAACUGGCAGCAUUACAGGCAGAAAAGGAACAAGCACUGGCUGAAGAGACACAGGCUACCCUGGCUGCCCUGGAUGCUAUGAGGAAAGCACAUGAGGCUGAGGUGCAGAGAGAGAUAGCCAAGUUCAAGGAGGAGUUCAUUAGGAAGAUGCAGUCAGGACACGACAUUGGUGCCAUUCACAAGGAACAUGAAGCAGAGAUGGAAGAUAUUCGACAUGAAAUCCUGUCUCUCUCGCAGAAGUACUCUAUUAAAUGCCUGGAGUCAGCUGCCCUGGAGGAGAAGGUGGACUCACUGAGCAAGCAACUUUCUGACACCAGUAAGCAUGUGCUAGAGUUGGAGGCAAGGAACAAGCAGCUGAAAGUCCAUCUAACUGCACAGGUGUCACAGCUGCAAGCAAAGGAUGACUGUGGCCGUGACCUGAGCACACAGCUGCGAUUGCGGGAAAGUGAGUUAGCCUUAUGUAAUGAGGAGAUUGCACGGCUGACUCAACAACUGCAACAGGCACAUUCACACGAGGCCGACCUGGGAGAGCUAUGCCGGCAGCUGGGCCACUUCCUCAAGGCCGAACGACAGUUGAGGACAGAUGAAGUAACAGCUCUUAGGGAAAAACUAGAGCAUAUCAUCCUCACAGCCGCCAACAUGCAAGAGCAGCGCAGUGACACCAAUACAGGGAACGACACAGACACAAAGUCUCCAUUGCGAAGAGGGGCGAGUUUGAGCUCAGCACGGGGGAAAGAGUUGAUGCGUUCUCCGAGUUGCCCUCGUUUGUCUGGCUUCUCGUCUUUUUUAGCGGUUGGCCCCUCUCUGGGGGGAACGGGGCCACCAGCACAGACCAUGGCAGACCUUCCCUCCCCCCUAGCAGGGAUGGUUGCUUCUCGGAAGAAGGUAUUCGAGACAUCCAAAGCUUUCACGGAAAACAUAUAGAGGGAGAGACUGCUACUUGUGUAAAUAAUGAUGGAGAGCACAGCAUUGCGUU